GUGUGGCAGCGAAAAAUCCCACCUAAAAACCACUCUCUCCUCCAUCUACCCCCUUCCUUCCCCCACCGUCUCCGCCAUGCACCACCACUGACAAUGGGCUGCUCCUCCACCUGCUACCUCCCCCCAAAUCCCGUCCCACCACUCCACCACCACCGCCUCCCACUUAACCGCCGCUCCCUCCUCUUCCUCUCCACCACCCUCCCCCUCAUCAACCCCCUCACCUCCACCGCCGCCGCCCCUCCCUCGCCGGACACCACAAUCACCGACAGGGUAUUCCUUGACUUCAGCCUCUGCCCAUCUUACUUCCAGAGCCGCACCCUCGGCGAGUCCGACCUCUCCCUCUGCUCCGAAUCCGAGCCCCUCGGCCGCGUCGUCCUCGGCCUCUACGGCAACCUCCUCCCGAUCACCGUCUCCAACUUCAAAUCCAUGUGCAGCGGUACCUCCGGCUCAACCUACAAGGGCACUUUGGUCCACAAAAUAUUCCCCGGCCAGUUCUUCGUUGCGGGCCGGCAGGGCCGCCGAGACAAAGGCGAGGUUAAGCCGCCGCCGAAGAUGGUUAGAAACACCGAGACCAUCGAAUCCAAGGCCUUCUUAUUGGAGCACUCGAGGCCCGGUCUACUUUCUCUUUGCUUGUCCGAAAACGACGACGAUGAUGAUUUGAAGCUAAACCCUAAUUAUCACAAUGUAGAGUUCCUGAUCACUACUGGGCCCGGCCCGUGCCCCGAUCUCGAUAGCAAGAAUAUUGUUUUCGGAUCCGUUCUUCAAGGGUUGGAUGUUGUGACAUCUAUAGCUUCGAUUCCGACUUAUAAACCGGGUGAAAGAAUCAGACAAUACAAUGAUUUUGCAGAGUUUAUUGGAGAUGAACGUGCCAAAUCAGCUCGUGCCAUAUGGAACAGACCUCUUAAAACUCUGUAUAUUAGUGAUUGUGGUGAACUCAAAGUUGCCAAAACAACCCUUUCUCCGACUCUACCGUGAAGCUGCUAUAUUACAUGGUCGGAGGGGGGCACCUUAUUGUAUUGAAUCCGUAUAUACUUUACUUAUAAGUAUUUUUUUUUUCUCGAGCAACAAUUGUAAAUUCAAGAGAGACUCUGCAUCCAUGAUUUUGAGUGACAUUGCAUUUGGUUAUAGUGUUCGGCUCAAUAAAUAAAUAUUCGAGCUCGAGUUAUAAAGUCUUGAGCUCAAUAAAUAUUUUGAGAGUUUGAUAUGAGUUUGAGCUUUCAGAUGAGCAAAGCUUAAGCAGACUUU